AUGCCGUUUCGAAAUGUGUUCAAAAAUAUUUUCCACUACAAGGCACUUUAUGGCGCUCUCCUAGCUUGGUUCGUCUACGUCCCCGAGAAGUCGGCUUUUUCUGAGUCAUCUUCUCUAAUGACAUACCUUGGACUUGUCAUGUACGUUAUCGGUAUUACCUUCAACACAUAUAUUUAUCUUAUUCAACGUUCCUUACGCCCGGCCGGCACUACCAAGCGCCAGAUUACAUCGGGCUAUGAAUUUUCCUACGUGACCUGUCCAAAUUAUAUGUUUCAGACUCUGAAUUGGCUGGGGGUGCUUCUCGUCAGCCGUAAUUGGUCGGUUUUGUUAUCCAUCGUCGUCGCGGUAGAGCAGAUGAAAGCAUGGGCUAAUAAAAAGGAGGCGAGGUAUCUGUUCGAGUUUUCUGGCGUAUAUAUCCCGAAGAAAUAUGGCACCAUACCUGGUAUUCUAUAG